AUGGGGAGGAUCUCUGGAUAUUUGCCAGAGAUCAAGACAGCCAGGCCCAAUGUGUGUGGCUCUCGCUUCCAUUCAUACUGCUGUCCCGGCUGGAAGACUCUGCCAGGAGGGAACCAGUGUAUCGUUCCAAUUUGCAGGAACUCGUGUGGCGAUGGCUUCUGCUCCAGACCCAACAUGUGUACCUGCUCGAAUGGCCAGCUCUCUCCCAGCUGUGGAGCAGGAGCAGGAGUUCAGUCGUGUAACAUCAGGUGUAUGAAUGGAGGCAGCUGUGCGGAGGACUCAUGCUCCUGUCCGAAGGGCUACACUGGAGGCCACUGUGGACAACCUGUGUGUGAGAACGGCUGCCAGAAUGGUGGGCGCUGCAUUGGGCCCAACAGAUGCGCCUGUGUCUACGGUUUCACCGGCCCGCAGUGUGAGAGAGACUACCGGACCGGGCCAUGUUUCACCCAGGUGAACAACCAGAUGUGCCAGGGCCAGCUCAGUGGAAUCGUCUGCACUAAAACUCUCUGCUGCGCCACCAUUGGCCGAGCGUGGGGCCACCCCUGCGAGCAGUGCCCCGCCCAGCCACACCCCUGCAGACGAGGCUUCAUCCCCAACAUCCGCACCGGAGCCUGUCAAG